UGGAAUCUUGCUUUGUCAAUUAACUUCCAUCAUGCUGCAUUUGCCCUGCUAUACCAACCUGCUGCAACACCUAACCUGCACAGACCAAAGCCAAAAACCAAGCAUAAGGUUGAUAUUGACACAGUGGAGAAGUUUCAGACUUUAAGGAAGCAGGAGCAGAAAUAUUUUGAUGACACGGUUCAACAAUGCAAGGAUGUGGGCGCAACCCUUGUUAUUUGCCAAUGGGGUUUUGAUGAUGAAGCAAAUCAUCUCUUGAUGCACAGGAACUUGCCAGCUGUUAGGUGGGUUGGUGGUGUUGAGUUGGAAUUGAUUGCCAUAGCAACAGGUGGAAGAACUGUUCCCAGGUUCCAGGAAUUAACUGCAGAAAAGUUAGGGAAGGCUGGUAUCGUCAGAGAGAAAGCAUUUGGAACAACUAAAGACCGGAUGAUGUACAUUGAGCACUGUGCUAAUUCAAGGGUUGUGACAAUAUUCAUUCGUGGAGGUAACAAAAUGAUCAUUGAAGAGACAAAGCGCAGUAUUCACGAUGCACUAUGUGUGGCCAGGAAUCUUAUUCGCAAUAACUCAAUUGUGUAUGGUGGUGGUUCGGCUGAGAUUGCAUGCUCUAUUGCUGUCGAAGCAGCUGCUGACAAAUAUCCUGGAGUAGAACAGUAUGCCAUUAGAGCCUUUGGGGAUGCUUUGGAAUCUAUCCCUAUGGCCCUUGCUGAAAAUAGUGGUCUCCAACCAAUCGAAACAUUAUCUACUGUGAAGUCUCAACAAAUAAAGGAUAAUUAUCCUCACUUUGGCAUUGACUGCAAUGAUGUUGGCACAAACGACAUGAGGGAGCAAAACAUCCAUAAAGCAAUGCUAUCAAAUCUCAUCUGCAUAACACACUACUCCAGACCUGCUACAAAACAUGACAAUCAUGGUCCUCAAUACCUACUGCAAGUCCACGAGUGCCUACUUCUAUAA